AUGACCGCGCCACUCGUGCUGCCUCUGGACCGUCCACCACGAGCGCUGAAGUGGCGUCCAGAUCCAGCGGCCACACGCCAGUGGCCAGCUGCCUCCUCCACCGGUCAAACGGACGUGACGCCGUCCCCUUCCGCUGGUACAACCCGAGCCAACAAGUCUCGACGUGACGACGUGCAGCCGCCCCACAGCAGUACGAACAGCUGUGACAUGAAUGCCGCUUUCCCGUGCAGUCGGCAGCACCCAAGUCGUCGCCAUUGCGUGACCUCCGACAUGCUUUCGUUCACGGCCACGGUUGUGCACGUCCCUCGUCGCUCCACUAGCAGCUGCGAACCCACGGACCAAGACCUGAAGCAGGAGAAGAAGAGUUUGACUCGAUCUGGAGACGGCGGGAGUCGUCGGUCGGGCGACGUGGCGACACGGCACGAACGACGACGACGACGGGGUGAAGGGGUUGCAAGGCCGCAACAAGACGAUGACGGUGUUGCAGAAAGCGCAGCAGAAGACAAAGCAGAAGAAGAAGAAGAAAGAGCAGGAGGUGAAGAAGACGAUGAGACGGGGACGACUCUUUAUCGGUCGGAGCCAAACGUGACGAUGCGGCGUCGUCCGUUUGAGGUCCCGACGUCGCGGCCGUGUGUGGAAAUGAAGAUUGAAGCGACGGCUGAGACGGCCACUCCGGCGGUACGGGAUGGCUACAUGUACCCUUGGGGCAGUAGCCCUACGAGUGAUGGUUUCUAUGCCGACACUCGAGAGGCGCGUGGGAAAACUACUGCUACUGCUACUGCUACUAGUACCGCUUUCACUACUGCUGGUACUACUAAACGAGGCAGCACUGGACGUGUAUGGGGUCGAGCACUGAGUGUCGCGCAGAAUGGCGACGAUAGUACGACGAUUGCAGCGCUCGUGACGGCAACGCCAACGACCGUGUGGAACACGUUUCUGCAGACUAUAGACAUCUUUGCAGAUGUGCCGGCAGUUACUGGGCGGGAACAAGUCGCUGCUCGGGCCCGCCGUGGUGUGCAGAUGCUGGAUGGUUUGCCCACGACACACGCAGUCUACUCGUGGGCACAACAUGCCGUGCGUGUACGUUGUGUGGCAAGGACAUUGUUACGAUUGGGGUUUCAAACAAGAGAAGGAGUGGUCAUUUGUGCACAAGCUAGCCCGUUACUGCAUGCAAUCAAUCUUGCAGCUGUAUCAUUGGGUGGCGUAGUCGCUCAUGUUCGCAGCUCGUGGAGUGCACGUGAACUUCGGGACGACAUUUUGCCGACGGCCGGAGCAUCGGUUGUGGUUGUUGACUCACUCGGAAACAACUUUCGAGAAGCGCUGGAAGCUUUAUGUGAUGAGCGUAAGGCUAUUGGAAAGCCUAUUCGUGCCGUAGUGGUGCUCGGGGGCUCAGCUGCAAUGGACUCUGCUGUCGUGGAUCUGCGUGUCAGCGGCAUCAACGUUAUUGGAACACAAGAUCUGCUCGCAGUGAACACACCCGCAACUGAGGAGGCUGCUAUGGCGUUUUCGCUUGAUUCACUAGCAUCUGAAGUGCUGCCAGGCCAAUGCUGCUUGCUAGCGUUUAACUACGACAGUCGGGGUUGCGUCCGGUGUGCAGAGCUUUCGCAUGACAAUGUCAUAUUUACAGCAGCUGCCUUGGUCCGAAGCUUUGGUUUGACCAGUCACGAUCGCCUCGUGGGAUACUUACCUCUGCAUCACGUGGCGUCGCAGGUGCUGGAGUUUUACGUGCCGCUUAUUGCAGGACUAAUGGUGGUUUGUGCGCCAACGUAUGAUCUGCCCCUUGUACGAAUAGUUACAGAGCACAAGCCAACCGUGUUUUUUGCAGCACCAGCGACUUGGACGCGCUUUAGUCAGCAAGUCUAUUGCGCUAAAGGCGACGUGAAUGCGACAAUUUAUCGUUGGGCCAAAACACGCGCUACUAAUAAUUCACAGAAGCUGCUUUAUGCUAAAGGCAAAGGAGCGAAGAGCCGGAGUUUAGGCUACAUGCUUGCAAAGGCACUUGUACUGAACAACAUCAAGAAGAAAAUUGGACUUGAGAGCUGUACUGCAUGCUAUUCGGUGUUAGCCCCGCUCGAUUUCGAGCUCGAGCGGCUUUUUAAGACGGUUGAUACGCCAAUCUACCAGCUCUUUGGUACUGCUGAGACGUCUGGUUUUGCUGCAAUCAAUUUCCCGCACGCUUGGGAGUUAGGAAGCUGUGGUCGUGCAUUGCCUGGCACCACGAUCCGAUGUGAUGAGCGUUCUCAAGAAACAGUACUACGCGGCCGUAACGUAUUCCUAGGCUAUCGAAGGAGUACACCUCGACGUGUGAAUCAGGCGGCUAGAUCUGGUGUUGCUAGCGUGGGUGGUCAAUGUACGUCGAUGUCUGACCCGGAUGGAUGGCUUCGACUCUGGCAGCGUGGAUUUCUGACCCCGACUUGUUUCCUCAAAAUAAGUGAUCCGCGAGACUUUAUUGUGCUCGCAACGGGCGACUGGGUCCCGAUCCAGCCUUUUGAGUACUCGAUGAUGGAACUGAUGCCGGAGCUUGACCGCGCCAUGUUGGUGGGCGACGGCCGAACGUUUUUGAGCGCACUCCUCUUUCUUAAGACUAACAAAGUGGUUCAUCGCGCAGCAACAGCAGCAAAUAAACACGCCAGGGGUCUACUACUGAACGAGGAUGCAUUGAAAGUGAGUCGCAGUAUUGGCAGUGCUGCGUCCACAGUAAUAGAAGCGAUCCGCUGCCAGCAGUGGGCCGUACAUUUUGACACUGUGUUGGAAAAACUGCCCCAAGUCUGUUCCAUAUCCGGUCAUCGUGUCCGCAAAUGGAUUUUGAUGGCUGCCGACUUCACCAUCGAGUCAGGCGAGCUGGACCCGGAUACAGGUGCUGUAUGCCGUCGCAUCGUGGACAACAAGUACCAGGCACUUCUCGACUCAAUGUACAGCUAA